CAUCUCACAAAUCCUGGAUUCCCAGUCAACUGCACGACGCCUGUCCCUCGCAGUGCGGGGCGACUUGCGCAACACCAAGCUCGUGAUGGUUGAGCAAGACACGACGUACACUGCACUCGUCUCCUCAUUCAAGCAAAAGCUGCGUAUCAAAGCCAAGGCACUGUACCGGAUCAUGCCAGACGGCUCCGAGAUGCUGCUGCAGACGGAUGGCGAUGUGACGGGAUUGCCAUCUGGUUGCAUUGUUGUCGGAUCGACCACCGCUGCUGCUGCCACAUCCACCACCGCCACUGCUUCUGCUGCUGCAUCUACUCCUGCUGGUGCCUCAUCGAGCAGCACUCCGCAGAUCAGUGCGGGCAACGGCGACUCGGCCUCGGCCUCGUCCUCCGCUGCGCAAUUGGCUGCCCCGAGCAUUCGCGUGCUGGCUGACAAGAGCUGGACCGACGACGAUGCUGUAAAGCAGCUCCACCAGGUCGCUGCGUCGCUGGAAGACGUCGUGUUCGCCGUCGGAUUGCCCGAUUUGCACGUCUCGAAGGGAUUUCCAGUGGGCACGGCAUUUGCUACGCGGUCGAUCGUGUACCCUGCAUUGAUUGGAGAUGACAUUGGCUGCGGCAUGGCGCUCUUCAAGACGGAAAUGCAGUCCAAGCACGCACACAAGGCCGACAAGUGGCUGAACAAGCUGCACGACCUCGACCGCGCGUACCAGGGCGAAGACGUGCCUCGGUGGCUGCGCGAGUUCGAUGUAGAGCCGACGGAGCACGAUGCAGCUUGCCUCGGCACGAUUGGCGGCGGAAACCACUUUGCAGAGCUGCAGCAAGUCGAGCGUGUCGAGAAUCGCGAGCUGUUUGCCCAGCUUGGCAUGACGGAAGAAAGCCUCUACCUGCUCGUUCACAGUGGGUCGCGUGGGUUUGGACGCGCAGUGCUCUCGCGGCACCUCGACACGCUGGGCGCGGUCGGCGUCGCGCAAGGCAGUCCUGCCUGCGAAACUUACUUGAAGUCGCACGACCACGCCUGUCGCUGGGCCCGCUGCAACCGCGCAAUCAUUGCAAACCGUUUCCUUGACGCACUCAACACCUCGGGCACCCAGAUUCUUGACAUUUGGCACAACUCGGUGGCCCGGACGCCGUUGGUUGACGGCUCGAGCUGUUGGCUGCAUCGCAAAGGCGCCGCCCCUGCCGACAAGGGCCCCGUGGUCAUUCCUGGCUCGCGCGGUGCUUUCAGUUAUCUCGUGAUGCCCACCUCGAACGCGGACGCGCAAGAGUUUGGUGGCUACAGCCUGGCGCACGGUGCAGGUCGGAAAUGGGCGCGCUCCAAGGCGCUGGCGGUUGGCAAAUCACGCUUUCCUCAGCCCAGCGCACUCACUACCACCCCUCUCGGUAGUCACGUCGUGUGCGAGGACAAGCAGCUCCUGUACGAAGAGGCGCCCGAUGCCUACAAGGAAAUUUCGGACGUUGUGGACGAUUUGCAAUCGAAAAACCUGAUUCAAGUGGUUGCAGUGAUGCGGCCAGUGAUUAGCUACAAGACACGAGCGAACGAGCACCCCCACAAGUAGGCUGCUCAGGUUUUCGCAGGUGUUCUUAGUCCCGCUUCGUUAUUGUUGCUGUUGUUGUUAUUUUGAUUUUCAGCGAACUUGUAUUCUAAACGAAUUUUAAUAAAUGGCAAGACAUGUUAACGUCAAAACGCA